UCUGUUGCAGACGGCCUAGCGGACGCGGCUAUGAUUGUAUUAAUUAUGAAAAUUAGUUAUGAAUGAGGAAUUAUUCAUGACCCCUCGUAAGGAGUGAACACAGCAGCACGUGCACCGGCUUCACGUGUCUCCCGCUCCACUGGUCCGGUUCCGCUCCAUGAGAAGUCCCCCCGGGGUCCCAGUGCUGCCAACGCGAUGCCCCGCCACCACACCGGAGAGGACCCGGUCCGACCAGGGCUCUGGUCCCCCGGCCCCCGGUCCGGCCCCCCGGGGCGCCCAGCGCGCGGCCCCGGGCUGAGGGACGUGGAGGGAGGACGGCAGGAGGGGAACAUACCGGUUUGCCUCGUGGACGGGCUGCUCUCCCCCGGCGGGACCGGGGGCACCGAGGCCCAGAAGCAGGGCGCGCGGCUUAGCCUGCUGGGGAAGCCGCUGACCUACAGCGCGCAGAGCAACCGGAGGACCGCGCGCUAUCGGCGGCUGCAGAACUACCUGUACAACGUGCUUGAGCGGCCGCGCGGCUGGGCCUUCGUGUACCACGCCUUCGUGUUCGUUUUGGUGUUUGGUUGUCUCGUUCUCUCCGUUCUCUCCACCUUCCCGACGAACCAGGACAUGUCCUCACACUGCCUGCUGAUCCUGGAGUUCGUGAUGAUCGUGGUGUUUGGGGUGGAGUACACGGUGAGGAUCUGGAGUGCGGGCUGCUGCUGCCGGUACCGCGGCGGGCCGGGCCGGCUGCGCUUCGCCAGGAAGCCCUUCUGCAUCAUCGACAUCAUCGUACUCAUCGCCUCGGUUGCCGUGGUUUCGGCCGGUAGCCAGGGCAACAUCUUUGCGACGUCGGCGCUCCGCAGCCUGCGCUUCCUGCAGAUCCUCCGCAUGGUCCGCAUGGACCGCCGGGGGGGCACCUGGAAGCUGCUUGGGUCCGUGGUGUACGCCCACAGCAAGGAGCUGGUGACUGCGUGGUACAUUGGGUUCCUGGUCCUGAUCUUCUCCUCCUUCCUCGUGUACCAGGUGGAGAAGGAGGACAACAAGGACUUCUCCACCUACGCUGACGCCCUGUGGUGGGGGACGAUCACCCUGACGACCAUCGGCUACGGAGACAAGACCCCCCAGACCUGGACGGGCCGGCUGCUGUCCGCAUGCUUCGCUCUGCUGGGAAUCUCCUUCUUCGCCCUGCCCGCCGGCAUUCUAGGGUCCGGUUUCGCUCUGAAGGUCCAGGAGCAGCACAGACAGAAACACUUUGAGAAGAGAAGGAACCCUGCAGCCAGCCUCAUCCAGUGUGUCUGGCGUAGUUAUGCAGCUGAUGAGAACUCGGUUUCCAUAGCGACCUGGAAGCCUCAUUUAAAGGCCUUGCAUACCUGCAGCCCCGCCAAGAAAGACCAAGGAGAGCAGACAUACAGUCAGAAGUUGAGUUUUAAGGAGCGAGUGAGGUUGGCGAGCCCCCGCGGUCAGAGUAUCAAGAGCCGCUCCCCCCCCGGGGCGGACCAGCGGCCGCGCUCGCCCCCUCCCGCCUCCGCUGGGGAACUGCUGGGCGUGGCCGAGCUGGGGGGCGGAGCCAAGGUCCAGAAGAGCUGGAGCUUCAACGACCGGACGAGGUUCAGACCCUCGCUGCGGCUGAAGGGCCGCGCCCCCGAGGACCCAGGCAUGCCGUCAGAGGACUCUUUUGACGAGCGGGGCUGCCAUUGUGAUGUCACCGUGGACGACCUAUCAGCUCCUCUGAAGGGCGUGAUCCGAGCUGUCAGGAUCAUGAGGUUCCAUGUCGCUAAGAAGAAGUUCAAGGAGACCCUGCGUCCGUACGACGUGAAGGACGUCAUCGAGCAGUACUCGGCCGGACACCUGGACAUGUUGUGUAGGAUCAAGAGCCUGCAGUCCCGACUGGACACGGUAGUGGGUCCCCCCAAGCGGCCGGUGAAGAAGACUCGCUCUCAUCACUUUUCUUACGGCCAGACCCGCCGGAGACAGGCCGCCACGCAGGGGGUGGACCACAUCCUUGGUAAAGGCCAGGUCUCGGUCGAGAGGAGGAUGAGGGAGAAGAUGAUCGCUGACGGAGAGAUGAUGGACGACCUCAGCAUGCUGGGGAGGGUGUGCAAGGUGGAGAGACAGGUGUCGUCUAUUGAGUGUAAGCUGGACUCCCUGCUGGAGGUCUACCGCCAUGUUCUCCACAAGCCCCGCCCCUCCCUGCAGCUGCCCGACCCUCAAGGGGAAGAGCCCCCCUACCAGACCUCGUUCUCCUGCUUUCCUCAGGGAGGGAGUCCUGAGGGUAGGGAGGAGGAGGACGGGGAGGGGGGCUGCUCCACCUCCUCUGAGACUGCCCCCCGGCUGCCCCCCUCUCCCCCAGGUGGGCCCCUGGCCCGGGGGCCGGCAGAAGGCCGCGCCCCCCCGCUGGUGGUGGUGGUGGGGCCCGGGGAGAGCGAAGCCGGCCCCUCCCAGGGGAAGGUGCCUCUGCGGGGGAGGGCGGGUCUGAGAGGAGAGGCGGCCUGGAUCCGACCUCUGAGCCUGGAGGUGGGGCGGGCACUGGGGGGCCCCGCCCCCGCCCCCGCCCCCGCCCCCAGGCCCCUGAGCUGGGCCGCCGGGUUGGGGACCGGGGGGGAUACUGGGGGUCCUGAUGGUAACCAUGGUACUGAUGGUAAUGGCGGUCCUGAUGGUGACGGUUGUCACGGCGACCACGAUCACCGGGGGCAACUCUUGAGAGGCCGGCCAGAUCCGGAGACAGAGGAAUCUCCCUUCCGGUCCCAGGAGGUGGACUUCCUGUCCCCGGAGGUGGACUUCCUGCCUGGUGGUCUUGCUGGGGGGGUGCGGACGAGGAACUACCCCCCGCACACAAACCUAUGA